AUGAUUCUGUUAACAUUGCUUGUUUGUUCUUUUGCUGCAUUGGUUUUAGGCAAACCAAAUCUGGGAGUGGUGGGCGGAGUCGAUGCCGUAAAAGGGGAAUUCCCGUAUAUCGUAGCACAACUUGCUACGAAUGAAGGACAUGUCGAUCUACAUUGUGGGGGAACCAUUGUCGCUAAAAGUUGGUUCGUCACUGCAAGCCAUUGUGUAGAAAUUAUGUCACCCCUAAUUACGGCAAAUGCAGGAAUAAUCGACCUUAACGAGAAUGAUGUACAACAAAGAAGAAUAGUGAACUAUACAAUCAAUCCAAAUUAUAAAAGAAAUCCCGAUCUUGUAGGUGAUAUUGCCGUGGUAAAGGUAGAACCACCCUUUGAAUUCAAUGAAUUUGUUCAGCCGGCCAAGGUACCCAAAAGAGAUGCUGAUCCAGAUUUAUCAAAAAGUGUAACACUUGCUGGAUGGGGAAAUGUAGAUGAUGCUGGUGAUCAGGGGAACAUUUUACAAAAAGUUCAGCUUCCGUUAAUAAAGUACGAUGCCUGCAUGGACAUAGUUCGCAAGUGGAAUCCAUAUAAUACAUAUGAAUACAACCACACCGAAGUAUGUACAGGACCAAUAUCUGGAGGAAGAGGACCUUGUCAUGGAGAUUCCGGUGGACCUUUGACUCAGGACGGUGUUCUAAUCGGAGUAGUCUCUUGGGGAACUAAUGGUUGUGCCAAUAUUGGAUCAAUAGCUUUGUACGCAAAAGUUAGCUCUUUCAUUAAUUGGAUAGAAGACACUAUCGACGAAGAGUUAACUUUUGCUUAA